AUGGCUGGCAUAUCGACGUCGGACAACGACGCAUCCACUCCUUUGCUGCAGUCCGACACAGCAUCGACCCUCGGCCCCGCCUCGUCCAACUCGUCCAUCCGCCACUCAUCGCCGAGCCCAGAGAGGCGGCGACGGCUGCGAGUCGCUGCUGUGACCCGCGGCAUCUCCUUCGUGUCUGCCGUUAUCGCCGCCCUCUGCUCGAACUCCGUCGCCGUGUUCUCGCUGUACGGCCACAUCUUCCAGGAGCGGCUCCAUUACACACAGUAUCAGGUCAAUGGCGUUGCCAUCGCUGCGUCGUUCGCGCUUUACCUGCCUGUCCCGUUCCUCGGCUAUGUCUGCGAUCGCACAGGGCCGCGGCCGCUGUCGCUGAUGGCAGCGGUCUUCUUCGGGGCUGGGUAUGCCUUGGCGGCUACACUGUACAAGAGGGCCGCAACGGAGCCGAGCGCUAGCAGCGGGGCUGGAUCGACGAACUGGUCGUACCUCUUGAUGGUUGUCGCCUUUCUGUUGAUAGGAACGGGAACAUCCUGCCUCUACAUGGCUGCUAUUGCAACAUGCGCGAAGAACUUCGGCAAGGGAAAGCAUCGCGGGCUGGCUCUCGCAGUCCCUAUUGCGGCUUGCGGGCUCAGCGGGAUGUGGCUGAGCCAGUUCGGCAGCCGAGUGCUGUACGAGAGGCUGCCAGAUGGAACCAAGGGCGACGUAGAUGUCUUCCACUUCUUCCUAUUUCUAGCCAUCCUGCUGGUAGUUGUUGGAAUUAUCGGGACAUUCACCCUGCGUGUUGUCAAUGAGCAGGACCUCAUUGAUGAAGCAGUCGAGGAAUUAGAAAGAAGCGGUCUGUUGGAUGGCAGUGCCUUAUUCACUCCGGGGAGGAACUCAUCAGGUUACGGUGCCAUCGAGCAACCGAACCCGUUGGACGAAGAGGAUGAUGCCGGACUACUUGACCCAUCCAAGGAUCUCGAGGAUGACCGUCAAUUCAAAAAGAACUUCGUGCUAAAUGCCGAAACCAGACGAUUCCUGACGGAUCGUACAAUGUGGCCAUUUGCUAUAGGUUUCUUUUUCAUGAUUGGUCCUGGAGAGGCUUUCCUCAACAAUCUCGGAACAGUCAUCAAGACACUCUAUUCUCCGACGUUGCCUGCAUCUGGCGUUCCAACAUCUGCGGCUACACAUGUCUUCAUUGUGUGCUUGACAAGUACGUUCGUCCGCCUCAUUGCAGGUGGGCUUACUGAUUUACUUGCACCGAGCCCCAAGACUCAGCACGUUCAGAUUCCCUCGUCUGCGCCAAUACUGCAGAGGAUGAGAUUCUCAAUAUCACGUGUCAGCUUCCUUCUCUUCUUCGCUCUCCUCAUGUCCCUUGGCAUGGCCAUCUUAGCGUCAGGGGCAAUCCAGGAACACGGCGAGCGGUUCUGGAUAGUGUCGGGACUGAUCGGUGCCGGAUACGGCGCCAUCUUCAGCUUGACACCAAUCAUCAUCACGGUCAUCUGGGGAGUGGAAAACUUUGGCACGAACUGGGGCAUCGUGGCGAUGUUCCCAGCGCUUGGAGCAACCAUGUGGGGUCUGAUCUACUCCGCAAUCUAUCAGGCUGGGGCUGAGAAGUCCCCUGGCUUCCCCGGAGAUGAUGGUGGUGAUGAUGAUGAUGGCGACAGCUUCUGCUACGGCACCCAGUGCUACUCGCGCACAUUCUGGGCCAUGGCGGGCAGCAUCUGGCUCGCCUGCUUCUUGGUGCUAUGGGCCUGGAAGGGCCGAAAGGGCUGGACGCAGAGGGGCAUUGUGGUGUAA